AUGGAAUCAGAAGAAUACAGAAAAAGAGGUAAAGAACUGGUGGAUUACAUCUGUCAGUAUCUCAGUACUGUAAGAGAAAGGCGGGUAACUCCAGAUGUACAGCCUGGUUAUAUGAGAGCCCUAAUGCCUGACAGUGCCCCCGUGGAAUCGGAGAGUUGGGACAACAUAUUCAGAGACAUUGAGGACAUCAUCAUGCCCGGGGUUGUCCACUGGCAGAGUCCUCAUAUGCAUGCAUACUUCCCAGCGCUGACGUCCUGGCCUUCCUUGCUUGGAGACAUGCUUGCAGAUGCUAUAAACUGCUUAGGAUUUACAUGGGCUUCCAGCCCAGCGUGUACUGAACUGGAGAUGAAUGUGAUGGAUUGGUUGGCCAAAAUGAUGGGCCUCCCUUGUCAUUUUCUUCAUCACUACCCAGAGAGCAAAGGCGGAGGGGUGCUGCAAAGUACUGUGAGCGAGUCAACACUGAUAGCUUUACUCGCUGCCAGGAAGGACAAAAUACUGGAUAUGAAAACCUCUGAACCUGAUUCAGAUGAUUCCAGCCUGAAUUCUCGUCUCAUUGCUUAUGCCUCAAAUCAGGCUCACUCUUCAGUAGAAAAAGCCAGUCUAAUUUCUCUAGUAAAGGUCCGUUUUCUGCCAGUGGAUGAAAAUUUUUCUCUUAGAGGAGAGACAUUAAAAGCGGCAGUGGAAGAAGACCGAAAACGUGGACUUGUUCCUAUCUUUGUCUGUGCAACACUAGGAACGACUGGGGUGUGUGCCUUUGAUAAUCUAGCAGAGUUGGGUCCAAUAUGUGCCAAGGAAGGAUUAUGGCUCCAUAUUGAUGCAGCAUAUGCUGGCACUGCCUUCCUUUGCCCAGAAUUUAGAACACUAUUCAGUGGAGUGGAAUAUGCUGAUUCUUUUACAUUCAAUCCAUCAAAGUGGAUGAUGGUACAUUUUGACUGCACUGCUUUCUGGGUAAAAGACAAAUACAAGCUGCAGCAAACAUUCAGUGUCAACCCCAUCUACCUCCGACAUGCCAAAAGUGGAGCUGCAACUGAUUUCAUGCACUGGCAAAUCCCACUUAGUCGUCGUUUCCGCUCCCUAAAACUGUGGUUUGUAAUCCGAUCAUUUGGGAUUAAAAAUCUUCAGGCACACAUCCGGCAUGGCACAGAUAUGGCCAAGUAUUUUGAGUCACUGGUUAAAGCUGACCAUAUUUUUGAAGUUCCUGCAAAGAGACACCUUGGGCUUGUUGUCUUCCGGUUAAAGGGUCCAAACAAUCUGACGGAACAACUAUUGGCAGAGCUGACCAGAUCAGGGAACAUGUUUCUUGUUCCAGCCACUAUCCAUGACAAGUUUAUAAUCCGUUUCAUCGUCACCUCUCAGUUCACUACCAGGGAAGACAUUCAGCGGGAUUGGAAUUUAAUCCGAGAAGCUGCAAUAAAUGUCACCAACCUGCAGCAUAGCUCCAAUGACUGCCAUAAAUUACUGACCCAAGACACAGUGAAAGGUGAGGGCGAAGGAGACAACUUCCAGAAAAUCACCGUACAACCCAAACAUGCAGAUUUCAGCCCUAAAGAUUGGGUUGAAAAGAUAUCUGAAGAUGACUUGGAUCCUUUUGAAAACUCCUUCCCUGAGAAUGUGCGUGUGGCUAGCAAACACAGACAAGCAUCUUCUAUACACCGAUACUGGUGCACCCAAGACAAGAAGAAGAACGCCCGUUCUCUUAGUUGUAACAGUGUUCCUGCACAUAACAGGGAAGCAAUAGUGGAAAAGAUGGUGCCACAAUUUGAACUUCAAAAAGAUGGCAGCAUACUCUCCAAAGUCCCCGGCAAGGUUAUGAUCUUAGAGAAAAAUGCCUUCCGUAAAUUAAUCAAGUUUUACAGCGUGCCCAGCUUCCCAGAAAUCAGCAUCCAGUGUGGUCUUAAGCUGCCCUGCUGCCCGCUUCAAGCACUAGUGUGA